AUGCAAUCUGGAAAUCAUACCAGUGUGAAAGAGUUCAUCAUUUUGGGAUUAACAAAGGAUCCUACGCUUUGUAUCAUCUUCUUUGUAAUAUUUCUAGGAAUUUAUGCUUUUACAUUAACGGGUAAUAUCAGCAUAAUCAUUUUAAUAAGAAGUUGCUCUCAACUACAUUCCCCCAUGUACCUCUUCCUUAGUCACUUGGCCUUUGUGGACAUUGGGUAUUCCACAUCAGUUGUACCUAUUAUGCUUAUAGGAUUCCUGAAAUACAAUCUGGUCCUCCCUGUCACUGGCUGUGAAGCACAGCUCUGUUCUGUGGUCAUGUUUGGGACAGCUGAGUGUUUUCUGCUUGCCGCUAUGGCCUAUGAUCGUUAUGUGGCCAUCUGCUCCCCGUUGCUCUACUCCACCCACAUGUCACCUAGAGUCUGCAUGGUUUUACUGAUAGCUUCCUACCUAGGCGGAUGCAUAAAUUCUUGGUCAUUUGCUAGUUGUGUAUUGAGUCUGUCAUUUUGUGGACCAAAUGAGAUAGAUCACUUUUUCUGUGAUUUCUCCCCUCUGCUGAAACUGUCUUGCUCAGAUAUCUCCGUUAUUGAAAUUAUUCCUUCCAUCUCAUCUGGGUCCAUCAUGGUGGUUACAGUGUUUGUCAUAGCUCUCUCUUACAUCUACAUCCUCAUCACAGUCCUGAAGAUGCGCUCCACAGAAGGGCGACACAAGGCCUUCUCCACCUGCUCCUCCCACCUCACUGCAGUCACUCUCUACUAUGGGACUAUUUUCUUCAUUUAUGUCUUGCCCAAAUCCAGCUACUCAACGGAGCAGAACAGAGUGAUAUCUCUGUUCUAUACUGUGGUGAUUCCCAUGUUGAACCCACUUAUUUAUAGUCUGAGGAACAGAGAUGUAAAGGAGGCUCUCAGAAAGACAACUAUCAGGAUAUGUUUAUAG